AAUCAGCUUUUAGCGUAUACGAUGGCAACACUCUUCCAAGACGCACACUGGCUGGUGCCUCAUUAAUUUAUCUAAUUUGUCGCUUUUUUGUAUAAAUAUGUGUGGGGCGUGGGUUAAUGCUAUUUUUAUGUUAAUAUGCACAUGCAGGAGAAUUAACUUUUACAACUGGUACAUUCUCUCGAAAUGGAAAGUAUGAAACCCUAAACAAACUUCUGAAUGUAUUGUUUCACCAACUAAAUGCUGGCAACAAUGAAUGUUUUCGGAACCAACCAACUGGAAAAAGAUAAGGCAGACCAAUGACAUCCUGGAAAAGAAAUAUUACCAGAGAGCUAGAAGACAACGGGUUAACAUGAAAAGACUUGAAAACCCUGGCCAGAAACAGAGAUGAAUGGAGGGGGACUGUAGAGGCCCUAUGUUCCAAAUGGAACCAAGAGGAGUAAAGUAAUGAAGGAGGUAUGUGUUAAUAUGUUUUGUGGAACUAACAGUAGCACUCUAAGAGCCAUAUUAAGAGAAAUACUAAUGUCCAGAAGGAGGUAUGUAUCAACAACUACUUAUAUUUGUAGUGGAUGAAGGAGGUAUGAAACAUAAAUAGCACAUACCUCCUUCUUCCACUAGUGUCCUGAUCAAGUUCUGUAACAUACCGCCUUCAUGCACGUAACAGCUAGCUGUGAAUGAGCUGUUCACCAUUUGACAAAAACGAUUGUUGUGAUUAACACGUGUUUUGCGAAUUUAAGUUGUGUUAAGUAAUAUUGCUCACAUUGAUAAUUGAAAUGACUUCAAGGGGAAAGAUAAUGUUACAGUUAGCUUUAAAUGAUAAUAUUUUAACUGCCAGCGAGAGUAUUGACAAAAAUAUAAUACAAACCAUGAAAAAUGAGAAUUCUAACCUACAAAUGCCAAUUUCAUCAACAAGUAGUGACUAUUCUACAGGCAAGAAUGAAGUUCGCCAAGAAGAAUAUGAUGCAGAAGACAAUAACUACGAUUCAAGUUGCGAUACCUUAUUCGGGGACAACUCUAGUGAUGAAUACGUGCCAGAUCCGGAAGAUUACAUCAACUCAUCAUCAGACAAGAGAUUGAUAAUGAGAUGGUAGAUGCACAGAGUAAUAAUGAACCGAUGGAAGAAGAGAAUGAUAUACUAAUGGAGGAUAAUAACAUACUAGUAAGUCAGGCAAAAUCUAAUGAAAAUAUUGUUGGACAAAAUGAAAAAGAGCAUAUAUUGCCUACAGUCCAUCGCAAAAAGAAACAUUUCCAACCAAAAAUAAAAGUAAGUAGAAAAAGGCAACGAAAUGUUGAUGAAUGGAAGAAACGAAAUGCUACACUCUGCAGGCAAAGAGGAGAGGCCUACACAAAUUAUAAAAGUGAGUUGAAACCUGCUAAGAAUAUUGUCAAAGGUACUAAUUUAUGCCCCGAAAAGUGUCGCCGACAGUGUUCCCAGGUAUUUACAAUUGAAGACAGGGAAAAAAUUUUGUCAUCGUGGUACAAACUGGAUAUAAAUGCUAAAAACUCUUUUCUGUAUAAUAGUAUCAAAAUAAUCCCCACACACCGACAAAGAACUGGAGCUUUAAAACACAAGACCGCCUCAUUCCAAUAUAACGUAACAUACGGGGCAAAACAAACUAUUACAUGUAAACGAGCUUUUAUUUCGUUAUACAACAUUAGCAUGAAGAAGGUUGACUUAAUCCAAAAGCAAAUUAAGAUGGGUUUAGCUGCUCCUCUACCAGACAAAAGAGGAAAACACUCAAAUAGACCCAAUAAAAUUCAAGAUGAUGUUGUAGCUUAUAUAAUCCAGCAUAUUUCAAGUUUCCCUUCAGAAUUAUCUCAUUAUUCAAGAAACUGCAAUAUCCAUAAGAAAUAUCUGUCUCCGCUUUUAUCGCUUCCUAUUAUGCAUAAACUUUAUAUUGAUACAUGUAAUGCAGACAAAGUCCAAAAUCGAUUUAAAGUUAAAGAAUGCACGUACCGCAAUAUUUUUAACAAUGAAUUCAACUUAUCGUUUGGACACCCGAAAAGUGACACUUGCAGCACUUGCGAUUCUGGUGCUGCAAAUGAGGAACAUAUUGAAAAUUAUAAAGCAGCGUUUGAGGCUCAGAAUAUCGACAGGGAACUAGCCAAAAAUUCAGAUGGUGUUGCAUAUAUGACAUUCGACCUCCAACAAACGAUGCCGUUGCCUAGACUCAGUACUUCUAAAGCAUUUUACCUCCGCCAAAUGUGGUUCUAUAAUUUAGGCAUACAUAUUAUAACUAAAGAAGUUGAUAAAACCAUUUUUUGUACAUGGACUGAAGACCAAGCAUGCAGGGGUAGUAGUGAGAUCGCUAGUUGUCUUUUAAGAACCAUUGAAGUUGAGCUGGCACUUAAACAAAAAAAUCAUUUAAUUAUUUGGACAGAUUCGUGUGCAGGGCAGAACAAAAAUUUCCUAAUUGUGUGUGUUUAUGAGUAUCUUAUACAAAAAGGAAUAUUCCAAAUAAUCGACCAUAAGUUUCCUGAAGUAGGUCAUUCCUACUUGGAUUCAGACCGGGAUUUUGGCCGAAUUGAAAAAAGAUUAAGGAAACAUCAAACUAUUUGUACUCCACAACAAUACCGUGAAAUUAUUGCAUCUGCCAAUAAAAAGAAUAAUAUGGUUAUUGAUAUGCAACAUCAUUUCAAAGACACCGAGAACCUUCUAAAUAAAAUGCAACUGAUGAAUAGAAAAAAAGAUGUUCUAAAUGAAAAAGUAUAUUUCCGUGAUGGCAUUAAAUGGAUCCGUGUAGAUACCUAUGGGUCCUACCUCUUCAAGGAAAGUUUCGAUUAUGGUACUCCUUUUAAAAAAGUCAAUAUUUUUAAAAAUUUGAAAAAGCCCUCCACACUUUCCGAAGAUUUUGACAUUCCAAGACUUUUCAGGAAAACCGGUGCACUAUCAAAAGAGAAAAUUGAUAACUUAACACAACAACUUCCCUUCGUUCCAGAACAACACAGGUGGUUCUAUGAGCUUAUUUUGCGUGAAAAUAAUGAAUAAACUUAAGGGGUGACAAUUUUCGAUAUCCUUGGUGUUAUUAAAAUAUGUAUACGUAUUAAAAAUAAAUAUUAUUUUGAAUAUCUACACAACAGUAUUUUCAAUUGUAUGCAUAUAACCUGUUUUAUCCUUUAGACAAAGAUGAAAUAUACAAAAUAUUUGUGGAAGAACGGGGUAUGUACACAACAUCUUUUUUUUUGUCUGGUUAGCAGAUAUUUAAACAUUUUCUCAACUUCCAUAUUAAUUUCACCACUCAUGAGAACAGUAUGAUUAUUUAAGCAUUUGAAAACCAAUAACUACAAAAAAGUUCUACAAUGAAAACUUUGGGGUCAAAUAUCUCAAAACUUACUUUUUGUUACAUACCUCCUUCAUCCACUCAGCCCUUCAAUUAUUACUCAUCAACAUCUAAAGAUUUUGCAAAUUUAUACUUAAUUCUAUCACCCAUAAUAAUCAUCUCGGGUAUGUCAAGAUCCAUUAUGAUUUGUGAAAUACUGAUGGUACUAAUAUCCUGAUCAUUUUCUUUAAAUAAGGUUUUGGACUGGUCACAAGCUUUCAUCGGCAUAACUUCAAUAUUGUCUUUUUUUGUAACCAUCUGGACUAUACAAACAUAUUUGUGAAAUUUUUUCUUCCCAGGAAACUUAACAAUUACGUAAUCACCCUGCUUAACAGUACUUGCAUUUUGGUAGUCCUCUCGCUCUACGCACUCAUUUUCUUCAGCAUCAUUAAAUUCAUUAGAUAUAUCAUCCAUACUAUUUCCAGACUCUACCCAUUCCUCUUCUUCACUACUUGAGCUAUAAUCAGUCUUAGAUUUUUUAUUCAAAUACUUUUGGUUUCUCUUUGUUAAUUUUUCAAUAGUCUUAAGGCCCCGUCUCACCAUCAAAUAAUUUGCUCAAACUUGAGUUAGUGACACAAAGUGACAGUUAGUGACGUCACAUCCUGAACAUCUGAUUCAAGGCAUAAUUCAAGGUCAGUUUGCUCAAACUCGACAAAUGACAAUCAGCUGUUAGACGUAACAUGAUGAAAUUUUAAUUUUUAGUAAAUAAAUUAAUAUUCAAAAAGUCCUAUUUUAUGAACAAUAAUAUUAUUAUAUUACUGAUUCUGAUUACUACAACACCUAGAGUGACUCACAGCUUAAAUUCUGAAAUGAUGCAGUCGCUACUUGUGUCACUAGCUCAAUAUUGAUUAGAAAAUAAUUACAUACUGAUACUGAAAGUAAGUUACUAUACGUCUUCUAACAUAGCACAAGCUAUAUGUUUUGGGUUUUAAAUAUACCAUACUUAAAUACCUUGAAUUAUUUUAUGUAUGAUUUUGAUGUCAGCUAAAAUGAUAAAGCAAACUUUUAAAUAAGAAUGAGAAAAUAAACACAAGGCAGUGAACUAUGAUUGUUAAUAUUUUAUAGGUCCUUCUUUAUUAUCAGUUACAGUUGGGGUACUAUUUAUGUUAUUUUUUAAUGUCACAAAUUUUCAAUAACAUUCAAAUCUGGUGACUGGGCUGGUGUUUUAAUGACAUUUCAGCACUUAUAAAGCAACCAAAUAUGAACCCGAUAUAACAUAUAUGUUUUGAAAAUCCACAAGGAAGAACUUCCUGUAGUUGGCUGUAUACCAUUAAUUACAAGUGAAAUAUAUAAAAAAUUUUCU